UCGUCUAUUUCUUCAUCUCUUGCUUGGGUGAGCCGCCUAGAGAGAGAGAGAGAGAGAGAGAGAGAAGCUUCCUCUUCCUUUUAGGGUUUCAGAUCUCCUUCGAUCUAAACCCGAUUAACGUUUAGAUCGAGAAAAAUAUCGAAUCGAUUUACCGCUCAAAUCUUUUUUGGGGAUUGAUUGUUGCGAAAAAUUCGAAUAAGAUGUCUCGGUGUUACCCUUACCCACCACCAGGGUUUGUGAGGAACGAGGCGGUGUUGAUCGAAUCGAUUAAGCUCCAAAAUAAAACGGAGAAGGACAAAACAGAAUCUAAGAAAGAGAAGAAGAGGGAGAAGAAGGAAAAGAAGGAAAAAAGGAAAGCACGGAAAGAGAAUGAGAAACUCUCUGAUAUUGGUGAUGUCAAAACAACGAUAAAGCUCAAUGAUAAGAAGUAUGACCAAUCAGUGCAAAGUAAAGCAGAGUCAUGUGGUGGCAAUCUUCAAAAGCGAAUUGAAGAUGAGACUGAGCAACUGGAAAGAAGUGGCCUUACUGAAGAACAUGGGCAGGCAGUCUGUUCUCCAAAUGUUAGCUACUUAUCUGACAGCACUCAGAAAAGCAACAAGAGGAAGAGGGAAACCUCACCAUCUAGUGACAUCUCCAGUCAUGGAACCAUUCUUCGGUUACGGUUGCCAUUGAAAAAGCACAAAGAACUUGAUGCAUCGCGAAGCAACAAGCAGCUGUGCUCUACCUCUGGAAGGGUAGAUUCUCCUGCUCAACAGAAGAAUGGAUCUACCCUUGCUCAACAGAAGAAUGGAAUUGUUGAUGUACGGAGUCAAGAAAAGGACCGUUCUAUCAAUUCAACUAAAAAUAUACUUGCCAAGGAGCUUACUCAUGGGCCAAAAAAGGUAGUGCCCGGCCCUGUGUUAAGGAAGAUUGAAACAACACCAAACCCAGAAAAAGUAGUGCCCGGCCCUGUGCCAAUGAAGAUUGAAACAAAACCAAAACCAGAAAAAGUUUUGCCAAGGAAGAUUGAAACAACACCAAACCCAGAAAAAGUAGUGCCUGGCCCUGUACCAAAGAAGAUUGAAACAAAACCAAAACCAGAAAAAGUUGUGCCAAGGAAGAUUGAGACAACGGCUGGCCCUGUGCCAAUGAAGAUUGAAAGAACACCAAACCCAGAAAAAGUAGUGCCGGCCCCUGUACCAAUGAAGAUUGAAAGAACGCCAAACCCAGAAAAAGAAGUGCCCUGCACAGUGCCAAGGAGGACUGAACUAACAUCACAUGAAAAAAAGAUUCAGAGGAAGGAAUCAGCGUAUAAAACUUUAUUUGAGAACUGGGUUCUGCCUCCGCCUCAUUACCAGGGAGAUGAUUUUGGUGAUGAAGAUUGGCUCCUUGGGAAGAAGCAGGCAGAUACAAAUGGGUCUAAAAGAUUGAAAGCUGGAAAUGAUGUUUCGAGUUGCAGAUGUCCCACUUCGUGGCCACAUGCCCAUUACUUACCCGAGGCUGAAAUACAUGCGUUACCUUACACAAUUCCAUUUUGAAUUUUUGAAUUUUUUUUUGACACUUGCGGUUUGUACAUAAAGUUGUGUUGAGCAGUGAGCGCUAGCCAGAAAUUUUUGAGAAUAUGUACGGUGCUUAGUAGUUUUGCGAAGAGCACCUAAAGCACAUUGUAAUUUGUAAGCCCCAUUGUUGAGGAUUGGAAAUUGUAUCAAAUUUUCAAUUUGAAUGAGUCAGUUACAGCCAUUAAUCUUUAAUA